AUGACGAAUUUGGCGAGCAUUCGAAGGUUGGCGUGUGUGGUCAAAUGUAGUAGCCACCCAGCAAGGAAAAAGGAGGUUGUAUGUAAUGGCCUUAUACCAAAAGAACUUAUAGCUGGUAUGUCGGUUGACUUUCUCUCGGUGGCAGUGAUAUCAGCAAACACCUAUAUUAAAAUUUUAUAUUUGCUCAUCAUUCCUGAGGACGGAGAUACGGAUGUGGACUUCCAUUUCAAACAGUUGCGAGCAAUGCUCGAGGGUACACACUUAAAAAAGUGUCUGCCAGCAAAAAGACGUUUCUUUGGCGCUCACAAAUCUAUAUUCGCGUAG